AUGGCCUCAGCCAACCAACCGCCACCGGAGGACGACAUCAAACACUUCAGGUCAAUCCCAUGGUGCUUGAAACACCUGCAACCGCCUGACACGGAACUCAUCAUCACAUCAGCAUACAGCCGCUCCCGAAAACCCAACUCGGAGGACGCCCUCUUCUCAGGAACAAUCAACAGCCCCUCCACCCUCUCCCACUUCAUCCUCUUCUACCCGCGGCCCACGGAGCCGCGGUCCGUCCUGCCCGAGAUAAAAGGGCUGAUCACGCUGGGCGGCGACCUCGACGGCCACCCGGGCAUCUGCCACGGCGGCAUAGUAGCCACCAUCUUCGACGAGGUGCUGGGGUACGCCGCGCCGGCGGGCAGGCUCGCGGGCGAGGGCCAGGGCGCGGGGGGGAGGCCGGUGCCGUCUUAUGUCACGGCCUACCUGAACACGACGUACCUCCGGCCCGUCAGGACGCCGGGGACGAUCUUGGUCGUGGCCAGCACGACCAGGGUGGAGGGGAGGAAGAUCUGGGUGGAGGCUUCUAUGGAGGAUGGGCGGGGUGACAAGCUGGCGAGGGCUGAGGCGUUGUUUGUAGAGGUCAAGUUGAAGCUGUAG